CCUAUACCGCCUUAUUUUCAUUAGGGACAUCGAUCUCGGUGCUCCACUCCGGCGCACGCGAGAUAUCAUUUAAUUAUUUCAUAUUUAAUUUAAUAAUUUGUGCUAUAAUGGAUAAAAAGUUGUGCGUCGUCUUUGUUACCAUUAUUGCUGUUGCUCAAGGUGUGCAGCAACAAUCCAAUUACGACCUAAGCCGAAACAGGCUCGGCUCCGGGAAUGGCGGCUACGGACAGUACAACCCCGACUACCCACACUACCCGAACACCGGCCCAGGUCUCUACCCCAGCGGGCCUGGGUACCCGGGGCAGUACCCGGGGAGUGGAUACCCGGGUGGGUACCCGGGUAAGCCUGGGUUGGCCGGGCCGCCGGGCGCGCACCCGGGGUGCCCGCUUUGCGACUCGUCGGUGUAUAGCUACUGCUCGUAUAAGGAGGCCCACGACGCUUGCUGCUGCGAGAGGGAUACUGGAUUCAGCCUCAGCUGCCGCAAAGUCGACUGCAAGUACCUGUACGCCAACUCGUGCCAGGAGUACAACCUGAUCUCGUCGUGCUGCUGCGUGGAUGUGAAGAGCGCCGGUGCGGUACCCGUCGUGCCGGUGGCUGUCGUUGGAUAAGCCACCUUAUGACUCUUGCAUACAUGCGCCAUGCGCAAGAAACACAGGUGUAAAUAAUUAAGUACUUUAGGCAGUCGUCUGACGAGAACUAAUUGAGCGAGUUUUUUCUUCAUGGAUAAGUGUUUUCUCUUAGAAAAAGUACUCGUUAUCAGCAAAGUAUUAAUAAGUAUGUGCAUCUCAUUACUUCCACUCUGGAUUCUACACAUAGGUAGGUAUGUUGCUGGUGCUUGAAAAUGGUAGAUUACUAGUCGGACCAAGCUAAGUCUGCACGUUAUUAAUUUGCAUUGGCAAAAUGUGGCAAUAUCAUCAUUAAUGUCAAAUCUCUAUAAAAUUAAGACGGUUCUGUUCAAAAUAAACUACAUUAUUUAUAAAGCCGUUUUUUCACUUAGUGUUCUGAUCAAACAUUUUGUUUAGAUCAAAUGUUUGCUCUUCCUAUUUACUAUUGGAGCAACUGCUUCCAUUCACCGAACGAAUGAUUGUCCGCUCCGAACAAAGAGAAUUAAAAAGACCAAGAGUCCUUACUCCAUACAACGGUUUUGUUACCAAAAAUACUAUUAUUUUCGUAGUCUACAUCUAGCGUCAAGUAACGGAACUAUUAGUACUGCUAUUCGACAAUAGAUAUCGCGGCAAACAAAAAGUAAUGCUCAACGAUUUUCAGCUAAUAUUAUAACCAGAGUAAGCGUAUUAGCGUAAGAGUUGAAAAUAGAGUUCCGGUUACUCUGGCUAUAGGGAGCGUGCAUGAACUGUAGGAGGCAGCACAGGAGCCGUCAGAUUUUUGGCGCGAGGCGUAAAUGUGGUGUUUUUUGUUCCGAUGUAGCCCACAAGAUGGCAGAACCUACUAUGCACAAGAAAACAGGUGACGUGUACAUGUGCAUGUUUAUGGUUCCGAUUCAGGCCACAAGAUGGCAGACCCUCCAACGCGCACGGUCCCUAUAAUAUUAGCGGAAAAUCGUUGAGCAGUAGACUUUUUGUUUGCCGCGAUAUCUAUUGUCCAGUAGCAGUACUGACAGUUCCGCUACUCGAUGCUAGAUGUAGACUACGAAGAUAAUAAGCGUUUUGGUACCAAAACUGAUGUAUGGAGUGAGCACUCUAUGUACUUCUUAUUUCUCUAUGGCUCAGAACUAUUCAGAGCACCAAGUGAAAACGCGACUUAAUGAAUAGAAAUAUUAGAAAAUAAUACUUGCAGUCUUGCACCGAUAACAUUGACAAAAUGUCUCUACUGGCAAUUACAUUUAAAAUGUAAUUCAUUCAAACAACUUGUGAACUUAAUACAUUAAUUUUAUAAUUUUACACUUGACAACCAAAACUUACUUCUAUGUAAGAAAACGUACCUAUGCAAUUUCAUAGGAAACGAUUGUACAGUUUUGGUUGUCAACUGAAUGUAACAUAAGGUACCUAGCUAAUAAAAUAAAACAACAAAA